GGAUCGUGCCUCACAUCGUUACUCUUAAGUUUAAGGUGGGUCUGUCCUCCUGGUGCCGGACUGUCCCCCUCGGAUAUCGCGGUCGAUCGAAGUGUCGCUACGCUGCGGUGUUAGCACUGGUGUUGCCGGGGAGGUAGCUGGAGGUGGAGGCGGAGUGCAGCCUGUUGGGACGGACGGUGGCAGAUAGAAGACGCAGCUGUCACAUGCUGGAUGAGCGGAGGCUCGAAGCUGAAGUGGAGGAUGAGGAAUUGAGCAGAUGAAUAUAUUUUGUCAAAUGGGAAACCCUGUUGACUGAAAACAGCGAAACCGUCGCUAUUGUUAUAAAUCAGAGGCUUUUAAAGUUGUUCUCCGCGCGGACGCAUCGUUGGAACUGGAGCACGUUCGGCCGUUUGAACUGCGUUACCGGGGAGACAGACGGUAGUUAAGUGGAGAAAGCGACGGCGGUCCAGUGGAAGCAAGCGCGGUCAGUAAUUGUAAAGAGUUAAAGCCUACCCAGGAGAAUAAAACCAACAGGGCAAUUAAAUCCCACGGAGUUCAGGAGGACAUCAUCAGAAGACGAGGAUCAAGGCAGCAUGGUUACCACAAAAGGGGCAGGUCUGAACCCCAACGCUAAAGUGUGGCAAGCGAUCCCUGCCCAUGAGAAUGACAUUCCAGAAGAGACAGAGGACUCUCCUUGGUCGUUGACCUACCCUCCUCCCGCUGAGAUGACCGAUGGUAAUGUAGACGUUCCCUCUUCAGGGGGAAAAGGAUAUGAUGCUGAAUAUCCUGACAGCACUGCUGACUAUGCUCCCGUACCCACAGAGGGCAUUGUGAAUGGCACUGACCACCCUGACUUGAGCUAUUUAGUCUUUGACCCACAAUGCGAGUCAGCCAUAGACUGUGAUGUUUCGAAGGAACAACCUAUGUCUGAGGAGAGCCUAAGAGACCAUUUGAAGAAACAGCUUGAGUUCUGCUUUUCUAGAGAGAACCUGUCUAAGGACCUGUACCUGAUAUCCCAGAUGGACAGUGACCAGUUUGUUCCCAUCUGGACCAUUGCAUGCAUGGAGGACAUCAAAGCCCUUACCACGGACAUGGACCUUAUUCUGGAUGUGCUGCGAGCCUCUCCCAUGGUGCAAGUUGAUGAAACUGGAGAAAAGGUUCGGCCAAACCACAGUCGCUGCAUCAUUAUUCUGAGAGAGGUGGCAGAGACUACACCGGUUGAGGAAGUAGAGGCUCUUUUUAAGAGUGAAAACUGCCCAAAAUUGUUAAGUGCUGAGUUUGCACACAACAGCAACUGGUACAUAACAUUUCAGUCAGAUAUGGAUGCACAACAGGCUUUCAGGUACCUAAGAGAGGAAGUGAAAAUGUUCCAGGGGAAACCAAUCAUGGCUCGCAUUAAGGCCAUUAACACAUUCUUUGGUAAAAACGGCUUCCGCAGUGUGGACUCAAGUGUGUACAGUCAGCAUGUCCAACCACAGGCUCAGUAUGGCUCCCCAGUGUACAUGCAGCAGGUGUACAGCCCUCAGCAGCAGUACCCUGUGUACCCUGUGGUGUCUCCCUCCUGGAAUCCUUCACUCAUGCCUUACUUUGAAACACCACUGGCACCUUUCCCAAAUGGUGGAUUCAUGAGUGGAUACAGCAGUCCUGGGAGCUACGAAGGAAAUCGAAACACGCAUCGACACAUGAACAGGAACCGAAACCAUGUUAAGGGUCACCCCCGGCCUGGGGACGUACUCCCUUCUUCCUCUCUGGUUCUGGGGACCCUGAUGGAUGGCCUGUCUGGUCCCUUGAGUCCACAGCCCCUCCAGACAUCAGUGGCACCCACUGACACCACUUCAGCGACAGUCUCCUUCAGCAUUAAAGACACUUCACUAAAUGGAUAUAUGAGCUUGGCUGGACGGGGCAGGAGAGGUGGCCACAGAGGCAUGAGGAGGAAAAGAGAAGAUGAACAUAUGAGGCCUGUCACUGUGAUGGAGGCUAAGGUACCACCUCCACCAAAGUUUGACCUGGCAGCUUCCAAUUUUCCUCCAUUGCCGGGAUCUACUGUCAGUAUACAGGGAGAAACUACGCCAGAGAUGCGCCUUUCUGAUGUUGUACGUGGCCUAAAAGUGGCCAACAAGUCUGUCAGCCAAGAGGUUAACAUCUCAGAAGAUGCUGUGACCAGACCUGAUUCUCUGGCCCUGGUUGCUAAACCUGCUCCUGUGACAUCGCAGACAGUGGCACAACCAGUCUCAAAUGUGCCUGCUCCAGUAAAGGAAGAGGAUAAAGCUGAACCUCCUAUUCCAAAGGGAACAAUGUCAUCGUCCAUGCGUGAUGCAUCGCAAAUGGCCAUUGAACACGCCCCUUCCACGUGUAGCCAGUCUGUCUCUACAGAAACCCCUUUCUCAUCUCCCCCAACUCCAACUUCAGAGCUGGCAUCAAGGAAGCUCAGUUAUGCAGAGGUGUGCCAGAGGCUGGCCAAGGACCCACCACCAGCACAGCCGUCCUCUCCCUCCCCCCCUGCCUCGCCACCCAGCCAACCCCUGCAAGAGCUCAAGGUCAACAGGGUUGAGGAGCCUCGGCCCAACUCCAAGCGCACUACAGACAAACCAGAGAAAUCCGGAGACAACCGCCCUCCUCGUCAACCAUUACGCUCCUUCAGAGGGGCAAAUGGCCAAGUUAAAUUUGGAGGUGCAGGGCUGAAAAUUCGGGAGCAUCAGAGAGGCCUGAAUACUGGCAAACUGUUUUCCCCACAGCGGGGAGCCAGACGCAGUGGCAAAGAACAGAACAUUCCCCCAAGGUCACCAAAAUAACUCAAGAAAAAGGAACCCACAAAACAUGAACUAAAACAAAGAAAAACAAUAUAUAUGUAAAUAUAUAAUAUAUGUAAAUAGACAGAUGAAUAUAUUCACUUGACAUAUUUUGUCAAAUAAUCUCUUAAUAUUGUUGCAGAAACAUUGCAACAUUGUUGCUAAAAUUCUUUGGAAAGACUAAGUAGGUAUCCCUUUUAUGAAAAUGCAUUUAGUCUGCUGCAGAGUGGCAGGCUUUUGGGGUGAUAAAACAUACUUAAAGCAAUGCCACCAUGAUGUUAUCAAACGUUGCCUCCAUAAAUGGGCUAAAUCUGUAGCAUGUUUGUACAUUUAUGUAUGUGUUGGAGAGUGUGAGAAGGAGAAAGAGGGACCUUAUUACUUUCAUAGUCUAACAUUUCGCAAGUGUUGUCAACAACCAAAAUGACAAUAAGGUCUAUUUGAUUUCUUUCUGACUGGUUAUUGCUGCCAUAUGACUCAUCUUGAGCUCUUUUAUUAUAUGUGUUUUACAUUGAAAUCAAGGAUAUAUGACUACUUAUGAAAUGAAAGCUGUUGAAUCCAUGGCAGAAUAAUAGAAGCAGCAAGUACAUCAUUCACUACAGAAGGUUUGGGUUUUGAUUUUGAUUGUGGAAUUUUGUUCUACAAAUGAUGCUGAUGAAUACUAAGUUGCAUGUAUGCAGAACGUUGCGUCUCGUAGUGAUUAUGAUCCAGUGUUUUGCCAGUAGUUGUGUCAUUUGAAAUGAAACGUGUAUUGGAGUAGAUGUGUUUUUUUUUGUAGAUUUCAUUUCUGGCUUUUGGUCUCACUCACCAGUUAAAAGCAGUAGGUCAAAUUCAGAGGAUCACCACUAAUCAUAGUGAUGUAGGAUGUGUAUGGGCGUGUACUUUCAGUUUCAGGGAAGUUCUUUGACUGGGAUCGUGGAUCUUGGAAAAAUCAGCUGUACUUCAUUGGUGACUAGCAUCUGCAUGUGAAUUCUUAAAGCAUAUUGGAUGAUCUGAGGAACCUCUGAGGCAGAAAUUGGCUUUUCGACUGCAAUAGAAAUUGUUGUGACUAUAUGAUAGUUGAAGCCUUGGCCAGUGUCUCAACUUGAUCACCUGCAGCAUCUGUUUUGACUAGGUACAUAAGUCUUUAGAUGGAUGUAGUCCUUGUGGCAUAAAACCACUUAUGAGCUUGAUUUUGUAAAUGUCCAUAUGUAGUAGCUUUCCUAGACUAUGUGUAUAUACAGAUUUAUUUUUGAUUUGGGUUGUCAAUGUACUUGUUUUCCUGCUGUUUAACUCUUUAUUCAUUUGAAAUAUUUUUCUUUUCAUGGUAUUCAGUGUUUCUUUAGUAUUUGUUAAAAAUGUGUGUUGACUGACCCGAGAGAAGAUACUUGGUUAUUGACAACUGAAUUGGAUACUGAUCUAUACGGCCACUCUACAAUGAGUAGAACAUGCCUGUACCUGUAGUGGUGUGAACUGAAAUGCACUAUCCUUUGAUCUCAAGGAUUUGAAUGAUUACAGAAGUAAGAAAUGGAAAGGUUGCACAGAAAUGCUUAGUUUGUGCUUAAAUGUGUUUCAUUUUUGUGUUGUCAUUUCAUCUGAAUAGUCUGUAGUGUUGCACAUGGAAAUGACCAACAGAUGGGUGAAGAUAAAGAAUAACAGAUUUUCAGGAUUAGGGGAUAAAACAUUUCGCCUUAGAUAAAUGUGCGAAUCCUCCACUUGUAGGGAAUUAACAUCAUUGUGAAGUAUUUGUAAUCAGUAGUUUGCAGUACUUGUGUGUAUAUAUAUAUAUAUAUGUAUUCAUGUGUAUGUGUAUAUAUAUGUGUAUAUAUACACAUAUGUAGGUAUACUGUAUGUUUGUGUGUGUACAUGUAUGCUUUGUCUAAACUUGUGUGUAGGAGAGAAAGGGUUAAUUGUCUCAAACCAAACCUACAGUGCCUUAUCAGUGUUUCAUUUCAGUAUAGAGAGAAUUUGAGUUCAUAUAUUUGUCACACUGAACAAGGCUGGUUAGUUAGUCAUCAAAAUCCAACAUGAUCAAUUAAUGACACCGAGAGACACCAGAUCCUCUUCAGUGUAACUCUCAGUUUGAUAUAGGUGCAGCUGCAAGGUUGGGGAUGGUUAGAGUGGAGCUUUUUGUGUGUGUGCAUGCUUGUUUGUCCAUUAUCUGCGUAUGAUACAGUUUAUUUUGUUAGCUUGUCAAUGCAAUUUCAGUCUUAUAUCAGAAUUCUGCUUAUGACUUUCACAAUCAAUGGGAUUGCAAUUUUCAGCUAAGUACACACUGGUUUAUGAAGUGAAUAUUUUAUUGAUGUAUGACAAUAAAGAUUUAUUUUCACAAUUGCA